GUGAAUUCGAAUAUUUCGCGAACGAUAACUCUGCAUUGAUUUCCGCCAUUGCCGGAAUAUUUUGGAACUAUUAUUAAAGAAAGAAAACGUAAUUAUUAUUCCAUGGCUGGUUUACCAAGAAGGAUAAUAAAGGAGACACAACGUCUCAUGCAAGAGCCAGUUCCAGGGAUACAAGCAGUUCCUGAUGAAGCGAAUGCUAGGUACUUCAAGGUGGUUGUUGCAGGACCUGAAGGGUCGCCAUAUGAACAUGGUACGUUCAAAUUAGAACUAUUUCUACCUGAAGAGUAUCCAAUGACGGCGCCAAAAGUGAGAUCAAUACUAAAAUCUACCAAUCCUAAAAUAAUAAACAAGGCCGAAUAUUGUUAUUGUUCUUUUCUCUUUCUUGUAGAUAAAUGGAGUCCAGCUUUACAAAUAAGAACUGUAUUAUUAUCUAUACAAGCAUUACUUAGUGCUCCAAAUCCAGAUGAUCCACUUAAUAAUGAAGUAGCAGAGCAAUGGAAAACCAACGAAGUACUAGCAAUACAAACAGCUAAGGAAUGGACAAGACAUCAUGCAUCUAACUGACAAAGACUCCACUAGACACUCCAUUAUUGUGAUUUCUCAUCUCUCAUAGUCAUCAUCAUCAUUGUCACCAUGGCAACUAGCUCAGUGAUGCAUUUACAUCACUCAAUGUUCACAGAAAGUAUUGACCUGUUACCUGAAAUGAUGUCAACAGUAACAC